AUGGAAGCUUCAAAGCAAGAACCUAAGGAGAUGGUGAAGCUUCCUCUAAGGCCAUUUGAUAGGAAAACGUGGACCAAGUUGGAUAAAAAUAUUGCUUCUUCCCUUUUCCUGUUGCAUCUACUUUGUAUUUUGGCACCGUUCCAUUUCAAUUGGGGUGCUUUUUGGAUUUUUUUGGUAUUAACCAAUUUGACAGGUAUUGCGAUUAGUGUCUCGUAUCAUAAAAAUCUUGCACAUCGGAGCUUCAAGCUUCCAAAAUGGCUUGAAUAUUUGCUUGCUUACUACGCAGCUCAUGCAUUUCAGGGUGAUCCAAUUGAUUGGGUAAGCACACACCGGUCUCAUCAUCAAUAUGUUGAUACUGAAAGAGACCCACAUAGUCCUACUAAUGGAUUUUGGUUUAGCCAUAUAAUAUGGUUAUUCGAUUCUUAUACUUUGACCAAAAGGGUUUGUCCAAACUAUUUUAAUGAUUUUCAAGAGAUAGAAAGAAACAUCUUUAUGACGUACUUGAAGCAUGGAAAUCCUAGUAAUGUCCACGACUUGGAGAAGCAAGCCUUUUAUAGGUUUAUGCAAAAGACAUAUCUUCUUCAUAUAUUUGCUCUUGCAAUCUUGCUCUAUUUUGUCGGAGGAGUUCCUUAUAUUAUCUGGGGAAUGUGCAUGAGGAUCGUAGUGACCUUACAUUUAACAUUCAUGGUGAAUUCGGUAUGCCAUAUAUGGGGAAAGCAACAAUGGAACACACGUGAUUUGUCCAAGAACAACUGGUUGGUGGCUUUAUUAACAUUUGGAGAAGGAUGGCACAAUAAUCAUCACGCUUUCGAGUAUUCAGCGAGACAUGGUCUUGAAUGGUGGCAAAUUGACUAUGGUUGGUAUCUUAUUAUGCUUUUUCAAGCCAUUGGAUUGGCCACUGAUGUCAAACUUCCCUCUGAGAAGCAAAAGCAAAGACUAGCCAAAACUCAGCCAUCUUAAGACCCUACCCAUCAUCAAGAUACAUAUAUGAUAACAUAAAAACUUUUAAUAUUAUGCUUAUUCUACACCUUUAGAGUGCAAAUAUAUGUCUCUUAUGCACAAUUUAUGAUGUGCAAUAAAUGAAGUUAUUG